CCGAGGACUGACGGCUCAUCACUCGCAGGAUCAGUAAGCAUGUGGUGAAGGGCCGAAGGGCAAAAGGGCGAAUAAAUUAGAGCCAUGCCCUGCAUAUGUGAACAGGAACUGAUUAGUGUUUCAGCAUUCGAAUACGCAUUAUCCCUAUCAAAGCUCAAUAGUAACACUACCAAACCCUCCAACAAUUGAAAGAGCCGAACCACUCGACAAAUAUGCCAGACAAGCUAGAUGUGGAGGGUCUCCUCAAGGAGUCCAAGGCCGAGUACAGGCGUGUAGGGAAAAGUGGACUCAAGGUGUCGGUGCCUAUUCUGGGUGCUAUGAGCAUUGGAAGCUCAAAAUGGCAGCCAUGGGUCAUUGAGGAAGCAGAGGCGCUUCCGCUACUAAAGGCUGCUUACGAUCGAGGUCUCACCACAUGGGACACUGCCAAUGUCUACUCAAACGGAGUUUCCGAGGAAAUCAUCGGCAAGGCCAUCAAGCAGUACCAACUCCCUCGUGAGAAGCUUGUCAUUCUCACAAAGUGCUUUGGGGUUGUAGGCGAAGACCCCGGUCUUCGCACUAUACAGUACAGCAAGGAAAUGCCACAGCUGAAAGACUAUGUCAACCAAAGUGGACUGUCGCGUCAAGCAAUCUUCAACGCCGUCAAUGCUUCGCUCAGGCGGCUUGACGUGGACUACAUUGAUCUUUUGCAAAUCCAUCGUUUUGAUCCCAACACGCCCCUCGAGGAGACUAUGGAAGCACUACAUGACUUGGUAAAGAGUGGCAAGGUGCGGUACAUUGGUGCCAGCUCGAUGUGGGCGGUACAGUUUGCUCAGCUGCAGUUUGUGGCUGAGAAGAACGGAUGGACAAAGUUCAUCAGCAUGCAAAACCACUACAACCUACUCUACCGCGAGGAGGAGCGUGAGAUGAACCGCUUCUGCAACGACACAGGAGUUGGUCUUAUUCCGUGGGCACCUCUUUGCCGUGGCCAUCUUGCUCGCCCUCCAUCAGCCUUUGGGUCGACGACGCGCUCAGAAGGCGAGCAAAAAGCCGGCAAUCAGACUUCAGGCAACACGGAUCGCGACAAGAAGAUCAUUGGACGUGUCGAGGAGCUUGCCAAAAAGCACGACUGGAAGAUGAGCCAUGUUGCGCUGGCGUGGAUCAACAAGCGCGUUGCAAGCCCAAUCAUUGGCUUCUCUAGUGUAGAAAGGAUGGACGAAGCGCUGGCAGCGCGAGGCAAGGAAUUGAGCGAGGAAGAGGAGAAGUAUCUCGAGGAACUGUAUGAGCCUGUGCGAAUCUCGGGACACUCGUAGAUUGGUGGGGCGACCAUGGGACCUUUUGAAUGCAACUCCGGGCAUAGUGUAAUGACAUGUUGAGUGUGCACGUCGGCGCAGACUACAGU